UACGAUCCUGAAGAAGACGAGAAACGAGCUCAACAAGUUAAACAAGAACAAUUAGCAAAUGCAGAACUUCUUCACACAGCCCCCAGUGAGACUGAAGGUUUGAUUCCUAAAAUAUUGGUUUUUCCUUUACCAC